GGUCCAAGGCGAAAAUGCCACCGCGGAUGUGUCCUCUUUGGACAAGUUCCUGGAGGAGAUUGUGGGUGGUUCUGCUAAGGACGACGUGGAAACGCCCGUCAAUUGCCUGAACGAGGUCGCCGAAAAAAUGCAGGAGGAGGUGAUUCCGGAACUGACCGCUGCGGAAGCGAGCCCGGUCUCUAUGUGCGCGACCGAGGACGUGGAAGAAGAAGCGCGACAGGUGGAUGAAGCAAUUCCACACGAGGAGGCAAGCGUGACUGAGGAGCCGGCAGCAAUCGAACAAACCGAAGAGGGGCUGGAGAAUGAGAUUUCUCUCAGUGCGGCUCUUACAACCGACAAAGUCGACGAAAUCGAAACUCUCCCCGCCACAGCUCUUUUGGCCGAGGAGCGAGCAAGUGAGAGUGUUGAAGAACCGGAGGCAAGCGAGAUGGUAGACGAAAUGGAAACUCCACCCGCUCCAACACUUGUCGAAAAGGGAGACGAAACCGACAUUCCGUCCAUCACAGCUCUCCCCGUCGAGGUCGAGAGUGAACCUGCGAGCAGAGAGGAGAGUGAUAUAGCUGAAAGCAGAUCGACAAGAGAUAAAACUCCACCGCUUGCGGUGGAUGAGCCUACGCCGGUUCUGAAUGUUGAUAGAAAGAGGUGGAGGAUGCAUAAAAUCGAAAGUGGGAGACGAUCAAAGAGAGAAGCAGUGGAAAAACGCGAGAGGAGGUUGAAGAGGUAUAAAACACAAAUCCGAGCCGAGACAAUCAGAGGUGUUGAGAAGAGGUGUAAGCGAGACAAAAUCGACAUACCACUCGAGAGAGCUGUGGCCGAAAUCUCGGUGGAGGAGACGGUUCAAAGUGAAAACAAUGAUAGCUCUAGGGGAGACAACGUCGCGAUUCUGUCAGAGGAGGCGAGUUUGGGGGAUUUGACCGAAAUCCCGCCGAAUACUGUGGAGGAGACGGAGGGGAAAAUUGAAAAAAAUGACAGGAGCUGGAAAAGAAAAUCUACCGAUGAGGAGGCGACCGCUUUACCUGAAAUUCCGCCGAAUGCAGAAGAAGAGGCCGACAAAAAUGAGGCGACGGCCCAAAACGAAAGGAUAUCGAAGGAGGAUCCACCGGAAAUCCCUUUGAACGUUGUAGAGGAGACGGUUCUGGAUGUAGAGAGGAAGUGGGAGAUGGAUAAAACCGAAACUCCGCCCUCUGCAGAAUGUACGAUUGAAGAACCGACAGCACCUGCUGCAGCGGGUACGAUUGAGGAACCGACAGCAUCCGCUGCUGUUGAAGAAAGCGAACUGAAGCGAAAGAAAGAUAGGAAGAAGGACAGAAGAGAGAGAACGAAGAAGAAAAAGCACCUCGAGGAUCCGCCUCAUUUUGUGGAUCAAAAAUGCGAAGAAAGCGUGGUCAAUAUCGAAGAGCCUCGAUCGGAAGUGGUGGAAGAUCUCCCUGUGGCUAUCGAAGACUCAGAAGAGAUGCCGGUGUUGGAGAAGGCCACUUACGAUGAAAGCGAAGCGAAUAUUGUGUACCACAUAAAUGAUUCCAACGUUGUCUUGCAAAUUGCGGAUGAGCUUCUGGAAAUUAAUGUUACAGUGCAGAAUGGAAAGAAGCUCAUUUUGGUGAAGACCUUUUCCGAUGCCGUAAUAAUGAAUAAUACGGACAGCUGUCCGAUCUUGGAGGACCAGACUACUGUAGUUCAAACGAAGCCCCCUCCCGUUGAGCAUCCAGUUCUCGACAACUACGCAAACGUCACCGUGGAUAAUGUAGAGAUGUACGUCAAGGAGAUCUGCGAAGGACCCGACAUUCCCAUCGAGAACGAAGUAUGCGUGUUCAACGAGGAGGUCGUGUCGAGCUCUACGGAAGCGGGGUCCUUGCCGAAAGCGGCGACGGAACAGGCUCCCGCGCCGACUGCUCCCGAAGAAAAAAAGGUCGAAAAGAAGAAGAGUCCGAAAAAAAAAACUGUAACAUGGCUAGAUCAAGCCGAGCCGAAGAGGUGCCUUGAUACCAAACCAACUUUCCCCAAAACUCCCAAAACGAAAGCUGCCUUGAAACUAAUCGAACCACACCAAACGAAAAUGAAAGAUCACUGCGUGCCUUCCAAGACGAAAAGCUCGAUCGCCGAAAAGAUCGCCAAGCUCAAAAAGCCGCCGAGGCUCGACGGCAACAAGCCGACGAAGCAGCAGAAGGCGGAGAAGCCAAAGAAGAACGAAUCUCACCCGCGAAGCAUUCCGAAACCGAAGGAGAGGACGAAACCGAAGAAGCCGAUCGCGGAUCCUAGGAAAGCGAAAUUUUUUAGUCGACAAGCCCCAGUUAACAUCGACUCCCUGUACAGGAUGAGCAUCGAGCCCGAGAAUUUGGCAAAGAUUCAGAAGGAGCCCGAGGUGGUCAAGGCGAAAAUCGACGUGGAGGAGCCUCAACCGCCUUUAAUCAGCGUGCAGGAGAACAGCAUAACGUCGUCCACUUGCCAGGAGACGGAGGCCACGCAGAGGGAGCGCGCCAACAAAUUGAUUCAGCAAAUUAACGACGAUUGGGAGGACGAGGAGGACGGCGGUAAAAUCGUCGAGUCUAACACGCGCAGAUUGAGCUUGCAGGAGUACAACGACCGAAAACGCACGGGCUCGCUGACUGAGCCCGAGCGGUGCAGCUUCGCCGGCCCCGACCUUACGAGUAAUUUACUGGGGAACGUCGCGGGUAUACGGCGCAAGGUCUCGCCGAAAUCGCCCGAGCUCAGCGUCAAAUUCAUCAAUAAGACCUAUUCGCGAACUUCGUCCUUCGAAAGUGGCAGUCCCCCUCACAAGACGGAGGAGUCGUUGUCGAGCAGUAUCGAGCUGCAGCUGCCGAAACGCAACCGGGUACUGCCGACGCCGAACUACAACCAGGAAUACCUGAAGAAGGCGCUGAUGAACGACCUGCACACCGUAAACCAGAUCACCGCCACCUUAAUUCGGGAAAACCAGGAGUUGAUGCGUCGAUUUCUCGAGCAGCAGCGACUGACGGCGGGCGAGUUGAAAAAGGUGAAGCAGAUCAUACGCUAUAAACGCCUAGUUCAGCAUUUGACGACGAUGAGGGUUAAGGAGGUGGAGCCGAAUAAUAACGUGAUCCGACGGGAAUCUCCCGUCAGCACCGGCGAGAGGCGCCGAAAGAGGCGGUUUCGAUUUUUAUACUCGGACGACGAGUACGAGGGCGACUCGUCGAACAGUUCCCCUCUUAUAGUGAACGAUACUUGCCUUAAACGAGCGCGCGUCGAAAAUUUAGUGCCUGACUAUUCGGUGCAUCAAAGCAAUUCACAGGGUCAGCUAACCUUAGUCUUUAAAAGGAACGUUAAAAGUGAUCCGAGAAUGCAACCCUUUGUUAAACUCGAACGUUUACCUAGUCUCGAUAGGCUAGCGCUUAAUCUAUAAGUGUUAUGUUUAUUAUGAAUAACGGGACCAAAGUUACUUUAGCGCUAAUAUUUUUUUAGUCAUCGGAGGGUCCUUCUCCGAUUAGUUAAUUUUGUUAUACGAUGCAAAGUUUAUACCAAAAGGUGCGAGUCGAAAUCAAUGCAGAAAGUAGCCCCCCCUCACCCUUUACUGAUCUCGCACGCGAGUGUAACAAUCUUCAUCAAAUAUUAGAGAAGCCGAAUCUUGUCUUGGUGAUCGCAUACGAUGGUCAAAGGAGGAAUUUCUGAAAACUGAUCAUUUUCUAGUCAUCUGUUACCAAUCGCCGGCUGCUUUCUGCAGUCCAAUUUCGACUUGUCUGUAAAUUUAACUGAUUCAUAUGGACUUGAUUGUUAAGUUUGUUAUAAUUUUAUAAAAGAGAAACUGUUACAGGUAGAUUUUGUUUAAACAUUCUCAUUUCAUGUUCCUACGAGAUAUUUGAAAAAAUUGUAUUAGGUAAUUUUUGUUGAAUUUGAACGCAAUGGAUGGUAUAAUUUAUUUGCUCAGUUAUAUCACGUUGUUGUACAUAAUAUUUAGUACAAAAGUUGUUGGGCCAGUGUAACGUUCCAAUUUAAAGUAGAGACGAUGUUAAAGAUGUGUAUGUAGUUUAUGUAUCGAUAUCUAUAUCAAAAGUUAGUUCUAUCUCAAAUCUCAUAUUCUUUAUAGUAAUUUAUUGAUAUUUUGGAACUGUCUUUAAUGUUACGAUUGAAAUAAAAUUGCACCGAGUGUGCUUUAGAUGUUAAAUGUAGCUCAUUUUGCAGUAUUAAAAUUAAAAGUGGCCUUUAAUGUUUUGCGUGUGUGUGUGUGUUAAUUAUGUACUAUCAAGAAACCGAAACAAGAGAAAGCACACAGUUCUCCAAAGCGCAUGAAUUUCCAAAGUUGUAAAUAAAAAGAAAAAUUCCAUAUCUAAGGUUGUGAACCUACGGACGAUUUAAAUUAUAGUCCCAUAAAUAUAAUAUUGUAUAUUUUGUAGUGGUAUACAAACAAAAAACUAUUGCAAGCAACUUUUGUACAGUUGACCGUUCGGUGAACGGUUCGCCUUUACAGAUACUGUUGUAAACUUGUAUUUGUUCGCGGUCAAAUUCCGACAGAAAUUUUCGAUAGAAGAUACUAAAUUUUGGGUGCCUUGUCUGGUUUGGCCGACGAAUAAUAAUUAGCACGUGUGUUAAUAAAGAAUGAAAGCUUU